AUGGAUAUUCACUGCAAAGCAGACCCCUUCUCGGCGAUGCACCCAGGGCAUGGCGGUGUGAACCAGCUCGGCGGGGUGUUCGUGAACGGCAGACCCCUCCCGGACGUGGUGCGGCAGCGCAUCGUGGAGCUGGCCCACCAGGGCGUCCGGCCGUGCGACAUCUCCAGACAGCUACGGGUCAGUCACGGCUGUGUCAGCAAAAUCCUCGGCAGGUACUACGAAACCGGCAGUAUUAAACCCGGAGUCAUCGGUGGCUCCAAACCAAAGGUCGCAACUCCGAAGGUGGUGGAUAAAAUAGCAGAUUACAAGCGCCAGAACCCGACCAUGUUCGCCUGGGAGAUCAGGGACCGGCUACUGGCUGAGGGCGUCUGCGACAACGACACGGUCCCCAGCGUCUCCUCCAUCAACAGGAUUAUCCGCACCAAAGUCCAGCAGCAAUUCCACCCGUCCCCCGACGGAUCUGUUACGCCGCUCUCUCCGCCCGGCCACACCAUAGUGCCCAGCACAGCCUCCCCCCCUGUGUCCAGCGCCUCCAACGAUCCCGUAGGAUCCUACUCCAUCAACGGCAUUCUGGGUAUCCCCCGCUCCAACGGCGAGAAGAGGAAACGAGACGAAGAUGGCUCUGAUGGCUCAGGCCCCGGCAGCGACUCUCAGGGCAGCGUUGAGAGUUUAAGGAAGCAUCUGCGAGCGGACGCCUUCACCCAGCAGCAGCUGGAGGCCCUGGACCGUGUGUUUGAACGUCCAUCUUACCCUGAUGUCUUUCCCACUUCAGAACACAUCAAACCUGAGCAGGCAAAUGAGUACUCUCUCCCGUCCCUGAACGCUGGCCUGGAAGACGUGAAGCCAAGCCUCUCCAGCAGCGCCAGCUCCGACCUCGCCUCCAGUGUGUCCCAGAGCUACUCUGUUGUGACAGGUCGAGACAUGGCCAGUACCACCUUACCUGGCUACCCGCCUCAUGUCCCCCCCACAGGACAAGGCAGCUACCCCACCUCCACACUUGCUGGAAUGGUUCCUGGAGGGGACUUUUCGGGGAACCCUUACUCCCAUCCACAGUACCCCAGUUACAAUGAAGCAUGGCGGUUCAGCAAUCCAGCAUUACUAAUGCCGCAUCUCGUGGCUCCGGACCUCCCACUGCUGCCAGUGCCUACGACCGACACUAGUUACCAUGGGGAGCGGCUCAAACUGCAGGGCCACGGCCUCGGCCUCCAUAUUGUCCCCGUCUGA